GUCUAGGGCCUCGAAAGCCCGAUUCUCACGUCACCGUGCACGUGGCGGACAAAGGAGAAUGACUUUCCCCCGCUUUCAUGCCGCUCUACUACACAGAGCAUGAACUGAAAAUCUGCAAUACAAAGGUGUCAAUGUCACUCACACCCGAAAGGCCAAAAGUAAAUACAGAGUAAAACUCAUCAGCGUAAAAGCAAAGAAGUCUCUUCCAAUAAACUGUAAGCACAAAAAGUAAAAAAUAUAUCGCUACAAAAUACUUGGGAGUACAGUUUCAGAUUCUCUACACGAAAAUAUCUAUUCCUACAGUUUCCAAUUGAUGCUCUGAUUCCAUUCCAGAAUCAAUCGAGAGCAUAAAAAUGCAGUCGACGAUGCAUCGUCUUCUUCUUCCUCCUCCUCCUCCUCCUACUUUGAGUAAUUUCAACCGUCCCUUCUUCACACCAUCUAACACAUCUUCACUCAUGGGUGUGAAGUGGAGUAGAAAGGCUUCAUCAGAAAAUUCUGGCCGGAGGUUUCUCAGUAAGGCAGGGGAUCGUCGCAGGCGUAAGAAGCUUAACGUAUUUGCUCGUCGAGCUGAAGAACAGCGUCUGAUCGAGGAAGAAUCCUCUCAAAUGCUGGAAACUAUACCAUCAAUUAGAGUUUCCCCGGGCCUGGCUCAUCCAUUAGGAGCAUCAGAAGUUGAAACUGGGAUCAAUUUUGCAAUUUUUUCUCAGCAUGCUUCUGCAGUUACUCUCCGCUUAAUCCUUCCUGAGAGUGUUGAUGCUGGGACCAUUGAAUUGGCAUUGGAUCCAAGGAUUAACCGAACUGGGGAUAUAUGGCACAUAUGUGUUGAGGAUCUGCCUCGUAGUGGAGUACAGUAUGGCUAUUGCAUUGAUGGUCCUCGGAGUUGGAAUAAGGGACAUCGAUUUGACAGCAGAAAUGUUCUAAUAGAUCCCUAUGCAAAGCUAAUUGAAGGUCGUCGACUUUUUGGAGAUGUCAGCAAUAGGAUGUGCACAUUUUAUGGAACUUAUGAUUUUGAUAGUUUGCCUUUUGACUGGGGUGACAACUACAAGCUUCCAAAUAUUCCUGAGAAAGAUCUUGUAAUAUACGAGAUGAAUGUCCGCGCUUUUACAACCGGUGAAUCAAGUGGCCUGGAUCCAGAUAUAAGAGGGAGCUACCUUGGUGUGAUUGAAAAGAUUCCACAUCUUUUAGAGCUUGGUAUCAACGCAGUUGAGUUACUGCCUAUUUUUGAGUUUGAUGAAUUGGAAUUCCAAAGGAGGCCAAAUCCACGAGACCAUAUGAUAAACACAUGGGGUUAUUCAACAAUGAAUUUCUUUGCUCCUAUGAGUCGCUAUGCAAGUGCUGGUGGGGGACCCGUUAAUGCUUCUAGGGAGUUCAAAGAAAUGGUCAAGGCUUUGCAUGAUGCGGGAAUAGAGGUCAUCUUAGAUGUUGUCUACAACCAUACAAAUGAAGCUGGUGAUGAGAAUCCAUACACAACAUCAUUUCGCGGCAUUGACAACAAGGUUUAUUACAUGGUGGAUUUAGACAACAAUGGCCGAUUACUCAACUACUCUGGCUGUGGAAACACGUUGAAUUGUAACCAUCCUGUUGUUAUGGAGCUUGUACUUGACAGUUUGAGGCACUGGGUAACCGAGUAUCAUGUGGAUGGAUUUCGGUUUGAUCUUGCUAGUGUUCUCUGUCGAGGAACAGAUGGCACUCCACUUGAUGCUCCACCAGUUAUCAGGGCCAUUGCUAAAGAUAGUGUCCUAUCAAGGUGUAAGCUAAUUUCUGAACCAUGGGAUUGUGGAGGCCUUUAUCUUGUUGGAAAGUUUCCAAACUGGGACCGGUGGGCUGAGUGGAAUGGUAUUUAUCGUGAUGACAUAAGAAGAUUUAUAAAGGGUGAUGCUGGCAUGAAAGGAAAAUUUGCAAGUAGAGUUUCUGGUUCUGCCGACCUAUAUAUGGUGAACAAGCGAAAGCCAUAUCAUAGUGUCAACUUCGUUAUUGCACAUGAUGGCUUUACGCUGCAUGACCUUGUGUCAUACAACAGUAAGCACAAUGAUGCCAAUGGGGAAGGUGGCAAUGAUGGAAGUAAUGACAAUUUUAGUUGGAAUUGUGGAGCUGAAGGAGAAACAUCUGACGCCAAUAUUAAGGCACUUCGUUCAAGGCAAAUGAAAAAUUUCCACCUUGCACUGAUGAUAUCCCAGGGAACACCUAUGAUGCUUAUGGGGGAUGAGUAUGGGCAUACGCGUUACGGAAAUAACAACAGCUAUGGACAUGAUACAGCCAUUAAUAAUUUCCAAUGGGGACAGUUGGAAGCCAGGAAGGAUGAUCACUUCAGAUUUUUCUCAGAGCUGAUAAAGUAUCGCCUGGGAAAUCACCAUUUUAGAAGAGAGCAUUUUAUUGGCAAGGAUGUGACAUGGCAUGAGGAUAACUGGGACAACUAUGAGAGUAAAUUCCUUGCAUUUACGCUUCAUGAUGGCAAUGGAGGAGAUAUUUAUUUGGCAUUCAAUGCUCAUCACUACUCUGUUGCAGCUGCAUUACCUUUACCACCAAAAAACAGACACUGGUACAGAGUGGUAGACACAACCCUUGAGUCUCCUAGUGAUUGUGUUCUGGAUGGUGUUCCUGGCAUUAGUGGAAUAUAUAAUGUUGGACCUUACUCUGCAAUUCUUCUUGAAGCCAAAGAGUAACAUCGGGGAUGCUCAUAUUGGAAAGAAGCUUAUACCAGAGGUCUGCAUAUUCUUUGAUAUAUAGUUGGUCUAAUGUUCAAUACUCGUUAAAUUUGUUAGAACUGGAAGAUAGCCAUGCAGGAAAUCCCAAUCAAUAACCAUGUUGGUACAAUAAAUUCUGGCAAGUGGAAACCUUGUUUUGUGCUGUUGCUGAUGCCGAAGAAAUAAAAAGUGCUCUAGUGCCACUAAUCUUAUGAUGGAGUUAUUAAAAAAAACAAGGAGAUAGGGUGGCCAAUUGCAUAGAAGUUACAAUUCCAUUUUAUCCUAUUGCUCUGUAUUGCUCAGAAAACAUCUUUUUUGUAUUUCAAACUUCGUAUACCAAAUUUGUUUACAUUUCUUGUAUAGAAUGCAUGUAGAUAACCAAAUUUGUAUCAAUAAAAUACUGUAGACUUGUUUGACA